ACUGAAUCCCUACUAGGUAGGUACUGGUUCUAUUACUUCUACGACAUCAUCAUCAGCAAAUGUCAUCGCAAGAAUUCGGGUCUCGAUGCUGGGACCGACGGCGCGCACAUGUACACACUGUGUUCGCACUUUGAACAAUGUCGCCUUCAAGAGGCGCAAGGUUGCCAGGGUCGGCGAAGUGGCGAGAAGGUACAGCACUGUUGAGACACGGGAAAGACCUUUGCAUCUGGCCAUAAUCGGGUCUGGACCGGCCGGUUUCUACUCGGCAUACAGACUGCUCAAGAAUCUUCCCGACGCGAGGGUGGACAUGUAUGAGCAAUUGCCAUCACCAUAUGGACUGGUCAGAUUCGGAAUCGCACCGGACCAUCCUGAGGCCAAAAAAUGCUCCGAGACACUGCCAGACGUCGCAAAAUAUCCGGGUUUCAAUUACAUUGGAAACGUGUCUAUCGGUGAAAAGGCAGACCAAUUACCUUUGCCACUGCUCGCAUCGCAAUAUGAUGCCGUCUUGUUCGCGUACGGUGCUUCAAAGGACAAGGAAUUAGGCAUCCCCGGCGAGAACCUGAACGGAAUCAUCUCAGCACGUGCAUUUGUGGGGUGGUAUAAUGGCCUUCCAGAAUAUGCUCACCUCAAUCCUAAUCUAGAGGCUGGCGAAACCGCAAUCGUGAUCGGGCAAGGCAACGUAGCAUUGGAUGUCACGCGCAUCCUCUUGAUGCCGUUGGAGCAGUUGCGCAAGACCGAUAUUGCUGAGCAUGCUCUCGACGCACUUUCGAAAAGCAAAGUGCGCGAUGUGAAAGUCAUCGGCCGACGCGGACCACUCCAGGCGCCUUACACUAUCAAGGAGCUUCGCGAAUUGAUGAACAUGCCUGGUCUUGCUUUCGCACCGCCGUCAACCGGCUGGGAUGACCUGAUUCAGGUCGAGCGCAAAGCAUUACCACGGCAACUGAAGCGUAUUAGUGAGGUGUUGGAAAAAGGCUCCCGCACGUCACUCGCUGAUGCAAGCCGUGCGUGGCAGUUGGGCUACCUACGAUCGCCCUCUGAAUUCCUGUCCACCAAUGGUAAGGAUUUGGCAGCCGUAGGCUUCGAAACUACAGAGUACCUCGCCGACAUCAAUACUGUUCUCUCAGCUGAUGCACAGGCCAAUCUCAAUGCCAUUCGUGGAGUUGGUGUCAAGAAUACCGGCAGUAAGACCGUAGUUGCUGGUUCUCUCGCCUUCCGCUCGGUCGGAUACAAGUCCGAAGCUUUGGAGGGAAUGGACCAGCUUGGCAUAGUCUUUGACCAGAAGGCCGGCAUCCUCCCCAACGACCGCUGGGGCCGCGUACUAAGUCCCGAUCGCGGUCCUGCCGGGCCACUCACAGCGGGCCAUGUUCCCGGCAUGUACUGUGCAGGCUGGGUGAAGCGUGGCCCAACCGGAGUCAUCGCGUCGACCUUGGACGAUGCAUUUGCGACUGCAGAUGUCAUUGUGCAGGACUGGCGAGAUCGCGCCCUUUUUAACCCUGGGGUCGGUCCCUCGAAGCAUGGCUGGGAUGCUCUACGAAGUGAAGUGCAGGCAAGGGGGAUUCGUAGUGUCAGCUGGCAAGACUGGGAGAAGAUCGAUGCUGAGGAGGUCCGGCUCGGGCAAGCUGCCGGUCGAGAAAGGGUGAAAUUCCGCACUGUAGAAGACAUGCUGAGAGUUCUCGAUUGAGACUUCUUUUGAACUUCACUUCGACCUGAGAGAGACUACACGGUUUACGCGGUUUCGGACGUCCAUCAUGCAUGCUUACGCCUUCUCAUAGUUCUACCAUAUAGCCAAACGAAAGGGAAUUUGAGAG